AUGGCCAGAUGUGGGGCGGAGGAAGAGGAGGAGGCCCGGCUGGCCAGCAUGCCCGCCUGGAGGCGAGACCUCCUGCGGAAGAAGCUAGAAGAGGAGAGAAGCGGUGAGUUUGGGACUGGGCCCGACCUGCCACCCCUCCCCAACCUACGCACCGUGCUUUCGCCCCUUCGUCCAGCCCCAUUUGAGCACAUCCCCUUGUCACUCAGGAAAGAAGAGGAGCGACAGAAGCAGGAGGAGAUGCAACGAGAGAAAGAGCAGUCGGAGAAGCUCCGGACGCUGGGCUACGACGAGACCAAGCUGGCGCCCUGGCAGCGACAGAUCAUCCUGAAGAAGGGGGACAUCGCUAAGUACUAAUGCCGCCCUCCUGCCCGCAGCCUCGUGAGCUCGAGGGGCCCCAGCCUACGCCCCGGCCUGCCCGGCCCGGGGCGGAAGGGCUGGGAGCCGCGCUGCCUUCCCCUCCCGCGCUGGAACCCCUCCCUGACCCCGCUCCGGCCCCCGCAGCCCCAGCCCGGGGCGACGCUGGAGCGCGCCCGCCGCCGCAGUCGCCCAGAAAAAGUGCCCAAGCAAGCGGUUGACGCAGAAAGAUGCUUAUUUGCAUUUCCAUUUACAUAUAUUUGCAUGCUCGUUGAAGGUCGCCAGAGCUCUCCCCGGCCCCGUGGGUGGUGGCUUUUGUUUCCCUGCGGGGCGCGCGCGACCGGCUGCAGCCCCCUCCCCCGCACCCCGGAACCCGCGUGGCUGGCGCAUCCUGGGCGGAGGCAGGCCCCACGCUCGGGGAAGGGGUUUUCCUCCCGUCCUGACCCAGAUCUGUGCCCUGCCCGCCCGGGCCGCAUUUCCUAUCCCCGCCGAGGGCUUCCUCUCAGUCGAUUGUUUACCAAGAAGCGAUGAGAACAGCAACCUGCCCGUCGGGACGGAGCUGCCGCUCCGGGGGCCCAUCGUCUGCCCUCCCCCGUUCCGUGAAGUCUGCCCACCCAGGCCCCACGCUCCCCGGACCCUUCCGCGGCGCCGGUGGAGAGAGCGGGGGGCGGGGGGCCGUGCACUUGUGUCUCCACCUGCUUCCUCCCCGUCCCCCCCAUCCCGCACCCCCAUUAAAGCUCUCUCAGCC